GGCUCGAGUUCUUUCAGUUUGGCCCAUAAAAUACUUGAGAGAAAGAUGGGCCCAGAACAAUCUCAUUGGCGAAAUUAUUUUAUACUUACAUAGACAGGACUAGCCUUCCUCCCUUUCCUCGUUCUUUCUUGUUCCGACUUCCGACUUCCGACCAAAUCAGAAACAGAUUAACGAACCCUAAUCCAAUCGCGAAAAGUCUCCGAUUAUCUCUUCCUAUCAAUUUCCCUUCGACCAGAAGGGAGACCCUCUCUUUCGAUCCGCUCCAUUUUACUCUCUCGUGCUAUCUCAACGUUGAUCUCUAUUCAUUCUUCUGCGAGCGGAACCUCGAGGCGGAUAAACUGGAACGAGCGCUAUUUAGCCGGAGGACAUAAUCUUUUAUGGAUGGCAAUAACUGGAGGCCUGCUGCUCCUGGCGGAGAAGCUCCCAUGGAUGGGGGUGACUGGAGAGCUACAUUGCAGGUUGAGUCACGGCAAAGAAUCGUGAACAAAAUAAUGGAGACAUUAAGGAGGCAUCUACCUCUUUCUGGUCAAGAUGGGCAACACGAAUUGAAGAAAAUCGCUGUACGAUUUGAGGAAAAGAUUUAUACUGCUGCAACUAGUCAGUCUGAUUAUUUACGCAAGAUAUCUUUGAAGAUGCUCACAAUGGAGAACAAAUCACAGAAUUCUAUACCCACUUCUUUGCCGCCUAGCUCAGCUGGCACUGGCAAUAAGCCCCCUGAUCCAGGAGCAUCUCCUAGUUUGCAGCCCCAAGUUCACAACCAAGGGCAAUCACUUCCCAUUCCAUUGCCAGGUAAUCAAGCUCAAGGACGCCAACAGUUGUUAGCUCAGAACAUGCAGAACAGUAUGACUUCUACAGGAGUCCAAAGUUCUGCUGGUCUACCGUCUUCAUUGCCUCCUGUUUCUGGUAUAAACCAGACUCCAAUCAAUGUCGUUGGCCAGAAUGGUAGCAUGCAGAACAUGUCUAAUGUUGCACAAAACCAAGUUGGUUCUUCAAUGGGGCAGGGGGUUCCCCCAAACAUGUUUGGUAAUCCUCAAAGACAGAUGGCUGGGAGGCAACAGGUUAUGGGCCAGCAGCAACAACAGCAGUCACAGAAUCCUUAUCUUUAUCAGCAAUCCUUCCAACAUCAGAUGCUUAAGAGAAAUCAAGCACACCCGUCGGUACAAGCACAACAUUCGCAACAACAGCAGCCUCAACAAAAUGUUAUGCAGCCAACUCAGCAAUCUGGCAUGCAAACAUCAUCUGUUAUGCAGCCUUCAUUGAUGCAGUCAACUCCUAUAUCUAAUCUUCCCCAGAAUCAACUAUCCUCCGCCCAACAGUCAGCACAAUCCAUCCUUCAGCAGCAUCCACAAUCUGUCACCAGGCAACAACAACUGCAACAACAGGGUGUUGGUAUUCAUCAACAGCAGACGCAGAUGAUGCAGCCGCAAUUGCUGUCCACGCCGCAGCAGCCGCAGCUAUUGCCAACCCAGCAGCAGCAACAACAACAGCAGCAGCAGCCAAUGCAAUCUCAGCAACAGCUGGUGGGGCAACAGGCUAAUGCUGCAACCAUGCAGCAGAAUCAGUUUUCCGGGCAACAAAACAAUAUUGGGGACAUGCAGCAGCAGCAGCAGAGAUUGCUCAGCCAACAGACUAACCAUCACAGUCUGCAGCAACAGCAGCAGCACCAUUCGAUGACUCAGCAGAAUAACCUUUCUGGUAUGCAUCAGCAACAGCUGGGUAGUCAGAGUAAUUUCUCUGGUCUACAGCAGCCAACACAGCAGCAACAGUUGCUUGGAGCUCAGUCUGGUAACUCAAGUAUGCAGAACAAUCAGCAUGCUGUAAAUAUGCUGCAGCAGCAACCCAAGGUUCCUCUAUUGCAACAAACACAACAAAAUUCUCCUAAUUUAUUACCAACACAAGGCCAGCAGACACAAUCACUAGCACCACAGCAGCAGCAGCAGCUUGGUCUGCAACAACAGCCUGGGCAGUUGCAGCAGCAGCUUGGUCUACAACAACAGUCUAAUCCACUGCAAAGGGAAAUGCAGCAAAGGAUGCAAGCCUCUGGGAAUGCACCAGGAUCUUUGGUGCAACCUCAAAAUGUGAUUGAUCAGCAGAAGCAGCUAUAUCAAUCACAAAGAAUCAAAACUAUGAAGGAGAUGUACUUACCCGAGUUAAAUGAAAUGUACCAGAAAAUCGCUGCAAAGCUGCAGCAGCAUGAUUCUCUUCCACAGCAACCCAAGACAGACCAGCUUGAAAAGUUAAAGAUGUUUAAGACUAUGCUGGAGCGCAUGAUAUCUUUCUUACAAGUAUCAAAAAGCAAUGUCUUGAUCAGUUUCAAGGAGAAGCUUAGUUCCUACGAGAGACAGAUAAUAACUUUCUUAAACACAAAUAGGCCCAGGAAACCUAUGCCUCAAAUGCAGCAAGGGCAACUUCCCUCUUCUCACAUGCAAUCGUUACAACAAUCUUCGUCCCAAAUCACUCAAGCACAAUCCCAUGAAAAUCAAAUGAAUCCCAUGACCUUACAAAGUUCUGUGUCAGCAAUGCAGCAAAACAAUAAUAUGGCAAGCAUGCAGCAGAACAAUAAUAUGGCAAGCAUGCAGCAUAGUUUAUCUGGUGUUUCGUCGCCACAGCAGAACAUGAUGAACUCAAUGCAGGCAGGUUCUAAUCUUGAUUCUGGACAGGGAAAUGCUAUGGCCUCAUCGCAACAGGGUGCUAUGGGGUCUCUACAACAGAAUCCUAGUUCUUCCCAGCCCGCAAGUCUCAGCUCCGUGUCUUCACAAAGUGGGUUGACUAUGUUGCAGCCAAACCUUCCUCUUCAGUCAAAUUCGAACAAUAUGCUUCAGCACCAGCAUCUGAAGCAGCAGCAGCCGCAUGAUCAACAGAUAUUACAGUCGCAUCAAUUUAAACAACAUCAACAGCGUCAGAUGCAGCAACAAUUAAUGCAAAAGCAGCAUAUGAUUCAGCAGCAGCAGCAUCAACAUCAACAACAGCAGCAUCAACAUCAACAACAGCUGCAACAACAACAUCAACAGCAGCAGCAGCAACAAAAUCAGCAAGUAAAGCAGCAGCAACAAAUAUCACAGCUACAUCAGAUCAAUGAUGCAACUGACGUGAAAAUUAGACAAGGUUUGGGAGUUAAACCAGGCGUGUUUCAGCAGCAUCUCUCAUCCAGUCAGCGUGGUGUUUACCCUCAGCAGAUGAAGUCUGGCGCCACUUUUCCCAUCUCUUCGCCUCAGCUGCUUCAAACUCCUUCGCCACAGUUACCACAACAUUCUUCUCCACAGGUUGACCAGCAGAACCUACUGUCUUCGCUUCCAGGAACUGGAACUCCUCUACAGCCUGCAAAUUCACCUUUUGUUGUCCCAUCGCCUUCCACUCCUUUGGCUCCAUCUCCUAUGCCUGGAGAUUCCGAGAAACCAGGGAUUUCUUCCCUUUCGAAUGCUGGUAAUGUUGGACACCAACACCCAUCAUCUCUUGCGAUUGGCACUCCUGGGAUCUCUGCUUCACCAUUGCUUGCAGAGUUCUCUGUUCCUGAUGGGGCUCAUGGCAAUGCUUUGACAACUGUCUCUGGAAGGCCAUCUGUUUCAGAGCAGCCACUUGACCGGUUAAUUAAAGCGGUGAAGUCUAUUUCUCCCAAGGCAUUGAAUGCAGCUGUGAGCGACAUUGGCUCGGUCGUCAGUAUGAUUGACAGAAUUGCAGGAUCAGCCCCUGGUAAUGGAUCUAGAGCAGCAGUAGGUGAGGAUUUAGUGGCGAUGACUAAAUGCCGUCUUCAAGCAAGAAAUGUCAUCACUCAAGAUGGUAUUAGUGGGACGAGGAAAAUGAAGAGAUACACGAGUGCCAUGCCUUUGAAUGUCGCGUCGUCUGCCGGCGGCGUGAGCGACAGCAAGCAGUUGAGUGGACCAGAGACUUCUGAUCUCGAGUCGACCGCAACAUCUGGUGUCAAGAGGCCUAGGUUGGAGGCAAACCAUGCGCUUUUGGAAGAGAUAAGGGAGAUAAAUCAGGGACUUAUUGACACUGUGGUUGAUAUCAGCGAUGAAGAUGUCAAUCCAACUGCAGUAACUGCUGUUGCUGCUACUGAAGACGGUGGGGGAGGAACUUUAGUAAAGUGUUCAUUCAGUGCGGUAGCCCUUAGCCCCAACUUGAAAUCGCAGUAUGACUCGGCUCAAAUGGUCAGUGUUUCACAAUCUUUGUUGACAUCAAGCCUUUGCUAUAAAACUGCCUACUCAUUUUCCCUCCUUUUCACAGUCACCAAUUCAGCCUCUCAGAUUGCUUGUGCCUAUGAACUAUCCAAAUUGCUCCCCAAUUCUACUGGACAAGUUCCCUGUCGAAGUCAGGUAAUAAAUGAGGGUGGCAAGGAGUACGAGGAUCUAUCGGUGAAGGCCAAGUCGAGAUUCGGCAUUUCUCUUCGUAGCCUCUCGCAACCAAUGUCUCUCGGGGACAUCGCACAUACUUGGGAUGUAUGUGCCAGGGCAGUGAUCUCAGAGCACGCCCAGCAGAGCGGCGGAGGUAGCUUCAGUUCUAAGUAUGGCACCUGGGAGAACUGCUUAAGCGCUGCUUAAUACAUGGGAGAACAAAAAACUACUGUAAAUAUUAUGAUGGCAGGAAGGCGUUCUUGCCGUGUCAAUAAAAUGAUCUGAUUAAAAUGCAGCAAUGAUCGAAAGGACAAUUACAUUUUGAUCUAUUAAGUUAUCCUCGUAAUAUAUAUCAUAAUUCCCUAGUUUAUCACUUGUUUGCCCAUAUCUACUUUCCUCCCUGUUUUCUGCUGCGCUUCUUCCUCUUAUCCUUCUAUUUUCUUCUGCUCUUCCUUUUCCUCCACUGGUACUAGUACUGGGAACUCUUCGUUGUCGGCCUCUUUCUGGGCAAUGUCAGCUUUCAUCAGUUAAGUUUCAGCAGCCUUGAUACCGGCGGUGCCAGUGCAAUAACUGUUUCGAAUGGUCUGUCUGCAACAUUUAAAACCCCAACGAUGAUCCUCCACCUUCCACCAUGAACCCCACACAGUCUUAUGGUUGUUGAUGUAGACAUCUUCUUCGUACUUACUUCUGGGAAGCUGCACAUCCGCGCAUCCCUCGCGAACAACUCUCCCAGCACGAUCGUACUCGACUUGCCUUUCACUCUGCCCCAGCAAAAUCUCUCUCGGGAUCCCAUCUUGACUAUUCGCAGCAGCAUUCCCGUACUUCUCGAGCAAUUCGUCCUUGGCUCGAGCCUCCAGUUCCUUUCUCUUCACCUGAAAGUUCCUGUACAACAACUCUGCUUGGGUAGGAGCAGCUUGCAGCAAGUGCUCCUCCUCCCCCCUCGACAAACGACUUUCGAGCUGCUUCAACUCCCCAGCUUCACCACUGUCUCUGUACCUGUUGUCCCCCCAAUAGAACUUGUCAUUCGGAUCCACAUCUGGAAGCGGAUCCCCACGCAUCGAACGGGUUUUCGGAUCAUAAUGUGCAGAUUUGGCACUGAGAUUCAAGAGGUACUUGGCUUUAUCUUCCCGAAUUCGCAGGUUCCUAACAGUUCCUGUACUACCACCACCACCACCACUCCUCACCCUCUUCUCAACUUUACCAAAGCAGUCCAUCUGCUCGGACUCAUCAACUCUCAAGUCACUGCCUUCAUUCCCUUCCACCACAAACACUUUCCUAGCUGCAUCACGAGCCUCGUACCGCGCAACAACAUCACGAUUGUACCUCGCUGUAUCAUACCCGUUCCAACGGUCACGCUUGCUGGCGUAAUUGUGCUCAAUAGUCUCAACUUUCUCAUCGGAGGCAAUGUGCUUGUUAGUCCACCUGGCCCCUGAUUUCCUAGGUCUCUCUACGCAGGCUUUGGCGUCGUGCGACAUGGCUCCACAGUUCUCGCACGCUCCUUUCCUGUAUUUCUCUGCCUGAAAUACUUCAGCACCUCGAUCGUACCACGCUGAUUCGGUAUUGUGAAUCGGAGGAGCAUCGGACGGAUUCUUCCGUUUCCUUUGGUGCUUCAGACCUGGUAGUUUCUUCUCGGGGUUCAGAUACCAUGGCGCGGAAGCCAUGUAGUGAGGGAUGUGAGGAUUGAUCUCGUUCCCAUCUUCGUCAACCUCGGGAUGGACGAGCCCAGCUUUGCGGGCUUCUUCCAGUUCCUUCUGCUUCCUGUAAUCCUCCCUGGAUUUGAUUGCCAUGGCGCCGGCCGUCUGGUGGAAACGAGAAUCCGGUCUUCCGAUCGCCGGAGUUUGAUUGCAGUGGCCACUCGGAAACCCUAAAGAAAAAAGGAAGGAAUUCGCUAUCGCCGGAAAGGACGACCGGAAACUAUGUGUGAAUCAACUUAUCAUACGGCAAAAAUAGGUAGGGGGGAGGCAACCGUUUAAAAGCAG